AUGUACUCCACACACUUAUUGAACUACGAUCGCCUUAAGAAGCUAAUAAAACCUAAUUUCACAGAUCAGCAGGAAGAGGUAUUCAGAAACAGUCUCGACUCAGACAUACUGAAAGUAUUUGCAUUCAUAAAUGAUACACAUAUUGCAAUACUUUCAAGUAUUGAGGAGCAUGAUAGCACUGAAGCAAGAACUGAUCACCACAAAGACACUAUCUAUAGCUUUAUUGAUUUUAUUAGAACAAAUAUUAAAUAUUUGAAGAAGAUACUGCAGAGGCACGAUAAGUACACGGGAUACUCAAUUAUGGAUGAAUACAAAGGAAAGAUCAAGGAAAAGAAACUAGAGAUCAGAAAUCUAACAAAGUUGCUCACUACACUCAAUUCAGCAGAAACACAAAUGCCAAGCCAUUACCUGGUUCCAUCUGAAUGUCUUGUGAGUUUCAAAAUGAAUCUUUUGAAGCAUCUAAAGCUGACGAAUGAAAGCCUGGAAGACUCAUGUGUUAAUACAGUAUAUUUGGACAAUGAAGACUUUGAUCUUUACCUGAGCACACUUGAUAAUAAGCCAGAUGCAUUUCAGGUCAGACUGAGGUGGUAUGGGCUAAACUCAUCGGAAAUAUUCUGUGAGAUGGGGGAUAGAACAGUUAAAAUACCCGAGAGACUUAUACUAGACUUCUUAAACGGCAAAGACAUAUGGAAUGAUCUCAAUAAGAUUGAUACCAAAGGAAGUAAUCUGUUGAAUGCCACUGGCAACACUCAUAUUAGUAGUGGUAAUGCUGUUAACUCAGAGGCUGAUUAUAGGGAAAUUAGAGAUAAAAUAAAAGGAUAUAGGCUCAAACCUGUCCUUAGAACAUUCUUCAGAAGAUGCACAUUCGAAGAUUUGGAAAGCAAUGCCAAUAAGGGUGUAAGGAUUGUUAUGGAUUCCAAUGUCGUGAUGAUCAAGGAAACAGGCGGAGAGUACCCGUUAAGGUUCUGGAGGAGGGAUGGCAGUUGGCCAUUUAGGAAUCUUGCACAGAGUGAGGUGACCAGGUUUCCCCAUACUGUAGUUGAGGUGAAGGUACCACGCGAGAGGCUGGAAACUGGACAGCUGGCAUGGCUGGAGCAUUUUCUUGCGGAGAGCAGAAUCGAAAGAGUUGACAGUUUCAAUAAAUUUGUGCAUGGAUGUGCCAUUCUCUAUCCAACAGUUACCAACGUCCUACCUCACUGGCUACCGCAAAUUAGCACGCCAAAUGGUGGCAACCCUGAUGUUGUUAAAAGAAGCGCAGAUGCUGAUGUAUUAAUAUACGAUAGCGAUAUCAGCUACGAUACUAGUCCAGUGUCAGAUGGCAGAUCAAGAAUAGCCAUCCCUGUGAGGGUGGAACCAAAGGCGUUUUUCGCGAACGAAAGGACGUUUCUCAGCUGGGUACAGUUCGCAAUAUUCCUGGGAGGAAUAGGCACAGCAAUGAUCGGUCUUGGAAAUGCACAGGCAUAUAUCUGUGGAGUCAUGAUGAUUGGAGUUGCAGGUAUAUUUGCAUUCUACUCGCUAUAUCUCUUCCACUACCGUGCACUGAGGAUCCGAGUAAAGGAUCCUGGCCCGUAUGAUGAUAUGAUAGGGCCCAUGGUGCUGGUUGGAAUAUUUAUAUUUGUGAUGGUGGUAUCUUUUAUUUUCAGGUUUCCAAUUAAGAAGACAGGGCUUAAGGCACAUUAA